GCUCCUCGUGUCACGUGCUCCUCCUGUCAGCUGCUCUGCUCACGGAGUCUUUCUGCGAUAAAACACCAAAAAUACUGAAAAUGACUUAAAUGUUUCGUAACGUGAUUUUAUCAGGUCUGUGUUUUUUAUCUAAACCUCUGAACAUGUUUUAUGGACUCUGUUUGGCUAGCACUGUGAGGCUAACACUGUGAGGCUAACACUGUUAGCUUUAGCUCGGUGUUUUGAUGCUAACGCGGCUCGUCCUUUUUGCCUCUGACUCCGGACUGAGCUCGUGAUUUAAACAGUUUUUGGUUGUUUUUUUUGAAAAAUGGCUUCGAUUUUGGACGAGUACGAGGAUUCACAACAAACAAGACAAAAUGUGCAGCCUCACACAGCCAUGAUCACACACACAGGUUUUGUGAACGUGAGACUGGAGGAAGAAAAACCCAUUUUCAACAAACAGAGAAUCGACUUCACUCCCCCAGAACAAAUCAACCACCUCAUGGUCUGCAGCAACCAGCUCUGCAUGAGCCUGGGCCGAGACACACUGCUCAGAAUCGACUUGGCCAAACCUGAUCAGCCCAAUCAGAUCGAGCUCGGGAGGAAAGACGACAGCAGAGUGCACAGGCUUUUCCUCGACCCCACAGGGUCCCAUCUGCUGAUCAGCCUGAGCUCCAGCGAGUGUCUGUAUCUGAACAGAAACACUCAGAAAGUGCGCCCCCUGUCCCGCUGGAGGGGGCAUCUCAUUGAGAGCGUGGGAUGGAACAAAGUCCUGGGCGGCGACAGCAGCACGGGGCCCAUCCUGAUCGGGACCAGCCAGGGCCUCAUCUUUGAGGCCGAGAUCACGGCGAGCGAAGGCAGUUUGUUCAACAACAACCCAGACCAGUACUUCAGACAGGUUCACUCUCUGGAGGAGGACGGCCGCGCGGCUCCCGUCUGCUGCAUCGAGAUCGAGCGCGGCUGGGAGAACAAGUUCUUCAUCAUCGCCACCACCAGGAAGCGCCUGUUCCAGUUCGUGGGGAAAGUGGCCGAGGGUUCGGAGCAGCAGGGAUUCAGCUCCAUCUUCUCCCAGAACCAGGACCUGCUCCCCAGUUUCCAGGAGUUCCCGGUGAACAUGGGCCACAGCGAGAUCACCUUCUACACGUCCAAACUGAGGUCCACGCCCAAAGCCUUCGCCUGGAUGAUGGGGAACGGCGUGCUGUACGGUCAGCUCGACAGCGUCCGGCCAGACUCACUGCUGAGCGACGUCCAGGUGUGGGAGUACACGCCCGACAUCGACCUCUCCUUUAACAAACCCAUCUCCAUCGUCCUGACUCAGUUUCACUUCCUGCUCCUCCUUCCCGACCGGAUCAAAGCCGUGUGCACGCUGAACGGGCAGGUCGUGUACGAGGACGUUUUCCCCGAGAAGUUUGGCGCCCUCAAGAGGAUGAUCAAGGACCCCGUGGGCGGCUUGGUCUGGAUUUACACCGAGAGAGCCGUGUUCAGAUACCACAUCCAGAAGGAGUCCCGGGACGUUUGGCAAAUGUACAUGGGAAUGAAGAAGUUCGACUUGGCGAAGGAAUUCUGCCGCGACCGACCUGAGUGCAUGGACAUGGUGCUCGCCAAAGAGGCGGAGCACUGGUUUCAAAAUAAACGCUACCUCGAAAGCGCUAAAUGCUACGCCAUGACGCAAAGCUACUUUGAAGAGAUCGCGUUAAAAUUCAUCGAAGCCAAACAGGAAGACGCCUUGAAGGAGUUUCUGCUGAAGAAGUUGAACAAUUUGAAGCAAAACGAGCGAACGCAGAUGACGCUGCUCGUCACCUGGCUCGCCGAGCUCUACCUGAACCGAGUCGGGCAGCUGGAGAGCGACUGUAACACGGUCGUAUUCAAAGAAACACGAGACGACUUUAGGAAGUUUUUAAACAACCCCAAAUACAAGGACUGCCUUUUCAACAACCGCGGGACGAUUUACGAUCUGCUCGCCAGCCACGGAAACGUGGACGACAUGGUUUACUUCUCCGUCGUGAUGCAGGACUACGAGAGGGUCAUUUCACAUUACUGCCAACACGACGACUUCGCCGCCGCUCUGGACGUCCUGUCCAAACACUGCGACGCAAAACUCUUCUACAAAUUCUCUCCGGUUCUCAUGCAGCACAUUCCCAAAAAGGUGGUGGACGCCUGGAUCCAGAUGGGAAAACGACUGGACCCCAAGAGGCUGAUUCCGGCUCUGAUGAACUACAGCCAGAUGGGAAGCACGCAGCAGAUCCACGAGACCAUCAGAUACAUGGAGUUCUGCGUGUUUGAGCUGGAGGUGACGGAGGAGGCCAUCCAUAACUACCUCCUGUCUCUGUACGCCAAGUACAGGGCGGAGUCUCUGCUGGCGUACCUGGAGCAGGCGGGAACGCACGCCUCCGAAAUCCACUACGACCUCAAGUAUGCGCUGAGGCUGUGCGCCGAGCACGGAUACCUCAAAGCCUGUGUGCUCGUCUACAAGAUCAUGGAGCUGUACGAGGAGGCCGUGGACCUCGCCUUACAGGUGGACGUGGACCUGGCUAAGUCUUGUGCCGAUCUGCCUGAGGACGACGAGGAGCUGAGGAAGAAGCUGUGGUUGAAAAUCGCCAAACACGUGGUUCAGGAGGAGCGAGACGUGAAGAAGGCCAUGAACUGUCUGUGCAGCUGUGAGCUGCUCAAGAUCGAGCACAUCCUGCCGUUCUUCCCGGACUUCGUCACCAUCGACCACUUCAAGGAGGCGAUCUGCAGCUCUCUGGAGGAUUAUAACCAGCACAUCGAGGAGCUGAAGCAGGAGAUGGAGGAGGCCACGGAGAGCGCCAAACGCAUCCGCGAAGACAUCCAGGAAAUGAGGAACAAGUACGGAGUGGUGGACUCGCAGGAGAAGUGCGCGUCAUGUGACUUUCCUCUGCUCAACCGACCGUUCUACCUGUUCCUCUGUGGUCACAUGUUCCACUACGACUGCCUCUUCCAGGAAGUGACCCCUCACCUGACUCCGUUCAAACUGGGUCGUCUGGAGGAGCUGCAGAGGAAAUUCUCGGCCGCCACGCAGUCGUCCAAAUCCCGUCACCGCCAAAAAGAGGAAUCGGACACGGCCAGUUUGGGAAAAGGAACCGCAGGAACCAGCCGCGAGCAAAUCAAAUCUGAUAUCGAUGACAUCAUAGCGUCUGAAUGCGUUUACUGCGGCGAGCUCAUGAUCAAAUCCAUAGAUAAACCUUUUAUUGAUCCAGACAAGUUUGAAGAGGAGAAAUCGAGCUGGUUAUAGAUCUGUGAAUCAUAACUAUAAUAAUGAUCUAACAGUUAAACCGCUCUGCAUAAUGUGACAUUUCUAUGGAUUAAAAUGACUGGAAUUCACAGAUUGUUCUUUUUAGUUCAGUCAGGUUCCACUUUUAGAUUUCUUCAGUGUAUUUUUGUUUAAUUUUAACAAACUUUAACAAAAAUAUUGCACUUUUACAUCAACUAAACUGAAGCCUUAAACCCGCCCUGUUCUUCAAACUGUUCAGAUGUUUCUCCAUGUUUCAGUCGUUUCCUCUCGUUGUAUUUGGACUCAUUCAUGUUUGAGUUUAAUCUUUGAAAUAAGACAAAGAAUCGAGGCUAAAAGAUUAAACACAUCUAUAAACCCAAACUAGUCCAAUAAAUCGAAAGUAUAAUUGUGAAUUCAGGUCAUUUUAAUCCUGUGGAUGUUCAUUUUUGCAGUGUUGAAAUCUGCACUAAGCCUAAACCUGUUGAUUUGUGCCUGAAGCGAAACACUUUAACGAAAAUCAAAUAAACACACACACAACCUGCCCCGCCUCCACACAACCUGCCCCGCACCCACACAACCCGCCCCGCACCCACACAAAGUCCAGUGAAGUGUCUUGCUCAAUGACCCCAUGUUCUAAUGUCGAACUCGACCUUAGUCAAUAUUUAAAACAUAAAUGUAUUAAUAAAACAGUUUUAUGUGGUCGUAUUUACCGGGGGGACAUUUACUGCGGCGGAAACUUGACUCUGAAAAUGUUACACUGAUAUUUGCUUGUUCUUGUCUUUAUUGUUUGUUUUAUAAAUUAAAUACUCCUCAAUUU